UAAUUGACAUUUUAGAUGUGAGCUUGGUGGAGAUUUGGAACUUUUGCCACUGCCAUAAACAAGAAGUGAAUACACGAAAGAAGCACUAUAAUUUCCCAGUAAACUUGCAAAAAAGGAAGUAAUUUCACGUAAAAAGUGUGAGUUAAUAGUUUUAGUAUUAUAAUAAAUCAUAAAAUCUAUAACAUGUUGUUAUCUUAUGUUGAAAAGCAGAUGUUUUUUUCAAUUGUUCUUUUUAUAUAAAAAUCAUUAGUCAUUAUUGCUCCGCUUUUUUGGCUCAUACAUACAUAAUAUUUCCAAGAUUUCUGCAGAAAGCAUUUAAAAGGAUACAUCCUGUGACAAUGUCAACUGAUAGUAAUUCAAAGAAUAUUUUUGAAGACAAAUACAUUUUCCCGGACUUCCCAGAAGGACCCCUUACACAAUAUAGGGAUGCUGCGACAUUCGACUGGAGGAAAUUAAAAUUGAUCCUGGAGGAUGAAGAGCUCUUGAAGUAUCGUUAUGGCAUCUGGAAAUUUAUGGAGACUCAUCCAUUGUUUGCCCAUGCAACUGAAACCCAAUCUUUGGACAGUCAGCGUCAUAUUACCACAAAGAGACAAUUUGUUCUCUUCCAUAAAAAAUUUUUCACCAUUGAUAUGUUCCUUCAGAGACCAGAAUUUGCUUCAGUUUUUGUCUCCUCUGUCAUUAUGUUUGACCCCAGCUUAAAUAUCAAGUACGCCUUGGCUUUUACUAUGUUCGCCAAUGUAAUCCGGAGCUUAGGCACUGAGCGUCUGCAAAAAUUUGUAGAAGCUAAUGAAAGGGGUGAAAUUAGUGGUGCAUUCGCACUUACGGAAUUAUCUCAUGGUACAAAUGCCCGUGGUAUGCGAACUGAGGCAAGAUAUGAUGAUAAAACGCAAGAGUUUAUCCUUCACACACCCGAUUUCGAAGCAGCCAAAUGCUGGGUUGGAAAUCUUGGCAAAACUUGCACACAUGCCAUCGUUUACGCUCAACUUCAUGCUAAUGGACAGAAUCAUGGACUGAAUGCUUUCCUGGUUCCAAUACGCGACACCAAAACUUUAAAAGCUUUCCCUGGAAUAGUUGUUGGGGAUCUCGGCGAAAAAGUAUCAUUAAAUGGGCUCGAUAAUGGAUUUGUUAUGUUUCAUCAGUAUCGCAUCCCUAGAGAGUAUCUCCUUUCACGCAUUGGUGAUAUAAGUCCUGAUGGAAAAUUUGUAGCCAAGAUAAAGGAUAACAAAAAGCGGAUGGGAGCUUCUCUCGGAGCCCUCUCAGGAGGAAGAGUUGGAAUAUGUGGAAUGGCUGGAUACUACAUUCUCAAAGCUAUAGUCAUAGCAAUACGCUAUUCAGGUAGUCGCAAGCAAUUUGGUCCAGAUGAUAGCAAUGAAGAAUUGUCAGUGAUUGAAUACCAAUCUCAACAAUUUCGUCUUUUUCCUCAUUUGGCAUCAGCUUACGCUAUUCGUAUUUUUUCUAUGUGGCUUUUUGUGCGCCACUCUGAGAACAUCGUUCAAGGCUACCUCGGUGAAGAUGUUGCAGAUCGCGGCAUGGAAAUACACGCAAUAUCAUCAGCUGCAAAACCCGUGUGCUCGUGGUUAGCACGAGAUGCAAUCCAAGAAUGUCGAGAGGCAUGUGGAGGACAUGGCUAUCUUAAAUUAGCUCGUUUAGGUGAUUUGAGAGGGGAUAACGAUGCUAAUUGCACAUAUGAAGGUGAAAAUAAUGUGCUUGUACAACAAGCCUCUAAUUGGCUCCUUAGUGUCCGAAAACAAGGUUGGGAGGCUUUCAAGCAAGUAUCUCCAUUAAAUUCAGCGUCAUUUUUAGCAGAUUUUGAAACAAUUAUUUCAUAUAAAUUCACAUGGACGACACCUGAGGAGGCCAUUAAGCCAGAAAAUCUAUUGAAAUCCUUAAAUUGGCUAUGUGCGUGGCAAUUGGAGAAGACAGCAAAACGCGUGGAAUCACUUCAGGGGCAGAAAAAAUCUAUCUUCGAAAUUCGCAACGAUUCACAAACAUUUAAUGCCACAACUCUAUCAAUUGUCUAUGCAAAACGAAUGAUUUUCCUUGCUUUCUACAAUCGUAUACUUGAACUUAAAGAAUCACCAGAGACCAAAGCACUUACACGUCUUUUAUCCUUGUAUGGAGCCACUGUGCUCAUUACACACCUUUCCAUCCUGUAUCAAGGUGGAUUUGCCACUGGACCAAAAGCUGCAGAAAUUUACGAACAAGGCAUACUUAUUCUUUUGCCACAGAUAAAGAAGGACGCUCUGGCACUAGUAGAUGCAUUAGCUCCUCCAGAUUUCAUUCUCAAUUCUCCACUCGGCGCAGCAAAUGGAGAAAUAUACAAGAACCUCGAAGCGUCUAUAUUGCAAACACCAGGCACUCUCGAGCGUGCUAAUUGGUGGAAAGAUGUCAUACAUUGGAAAAAAUACACGGAAAACAGUAAAUUGUAGACAUUAUCAUACAGUUUGAAUAUUAGGUGAGAUUCUUAACAAUCUCACCUACUAUAAUCCUAACAAAAUUUCAUGUCGUCCGAUCGACCUCAAAUUUGGCCAAAAUGUGUUUCAGCACUUCCUGAUCACGAAUAUAUAUGUGGCUAAUUUACGUUCCCGGCCGGCCGGCCGGCCGGCCGCUCUUUGGAGCUUAAUAGCUCCUAAACUAAAAAAGAUAUCGACUUGCGGUUUUCGGCAAAGGUUAUAUAUCGGGUGAAAAUUGCAACUUGGUGCAUAGACCCCCCACCCCCCACCCCUCCUUCCGCCAUUUUGAAGACCCCCCUUUUUUUGUUUUCUCAAUAGCUCCGCCCCUAUGGCAUCGAGCGGGCUCAAAUUUUAGUAUGUUAUAGCUGGGCCUUAGAGCUUUCCAUCAAUACCAAACUUAAGGUCCCCCGACCCCCCUGACCCGAGCUAUAAGGGUCCAAAAAAAAUUUCUUAAAAUGGCCAUAACUCCGGUUCUAAUUGUCAGAAUUUAAAAAGUGAGGGCUUUUUGGAAAGCUCUCGUGAAAUGCCACUUCUCCUUCUAACAUCGCAAGUUCAUAAAACCACCGCUAGGGGCGCUUUUUUUAAAAAGAAAAUUUUUAAAUCUUAAAAGUUAAAUAACUCAAAAAUUCCAUUGUGCAUCGGGCUGAAAAUUUAGUAUGUUGUAGCCGUUGAUUAUACCUAUCAAACAAAAAAAACCUUAAGUCGAUCCAUAACCCCUGACCCGAGCUAUAAGGGGUCAAAGUUCGAACAUUGACCGGCCUCUAUCUCCGGUUCUAAUUAACAUAGCGACCUAAAUUUUACCUUUUUGGUUUCGUCUCGAUGAGCACUUUCAGAUGGAAGUUCAAAAAGUCACCACAGGUGGCGCUGUGAUAGCGUCAAAAUUCAUCGAAAUUCAAAGUCACUUUUCUCAAAAACGGCAUUGUGCAAGUUAAUGAAAUUUUAGUAUGUUGUAGUCCAGUCUAGGACGUUUCCAAAAUGGUGCGUAUGCGCGCUGUGGUUUCAAUAGAACCGGAGAUAUGAGGGGUCAAAGUUCACGAAAUUCAAAAAAUCAUAUCUCCGGUUCUAUGUGACCGAUUUUGAUGAAUGAGGGCUUAAACGAAAGAUCUCACCAAAUGCUACAACUUUCUAGAAUGUUUGAACUUCGUGGGACCAACACCAGGGGCGCCACAGUCGAAAAACCAAUUUCAAUAUCACAUAACCUCAAUUAUCUCGACUGUCGCUGAACCGAUUUUGAUGAUUACUUCAACAUAAUUGUAGAGCACAUUUGUCUCUACAUUUCGUCCAUACAUCAUUUUCCGCUCAGACUACGCUAUCACUCCGAUUUUGCCGUUUAAGUGUGAAAAAAUUGAUUUUUCCCAUAAUAACGCUUUGAAAUCACUCAGAUGCCAAUUUGACUGCCUCUACUCCACCAAGACACUUAAAAUAGGGGCUUAAAUGGAAAGUCCCACAAAAUACAACAAUUCUCUGAUUUAGUUGAAGUUCAACAAAUGAACACUUGGGGCACUCUGGAUGAAAAAACGAGUUAAGAAACAAAAAACCUCGCUUAUCUUGGCUUCUGAGUAAUCGAUGAGUUCAAGUUCUACGGCAAAAUUAUAGAGAACAUUCUGGUCUACAUUUCACCCAUAUAUUAUUUUUGUGCCAGUUCAUCCAAAUCCUUGACAUUUUGGUUCAAAUACAAAACUUGUAUAAUUUCACGAAUUUGGUUCAAGAUAACUGAAUGGCGUCUCCCUACUUCAGCAUCAAAUCGAAUUUGCAUGCACUCCGAGUUAGCUCACGUUAAGAAUCUCACCUACAUAAGCCGGUUAGGAUUAUCUGUCCCUUUUUUAUACAUGCACUAUUAAAUCACAAUUAUUACAGGGUAGAUUUAGGUAGUCGGUAAAGUCCAUAUACAUAUCAAUUGUAUGUAAUAUUGAUUGUGAAAGAAGUUGUGUGAUAUUUUAAUAAUUGAAAUGAACAUCUCUAAAAAAAAAUAUCAUAAUUGUUAUUGAUAUUGGCGGUGAAAGCUUUUACUUCCAUUUUUUUUCUUUUUUUAUAUAAUAUAAAUGGUUAUGGAAGAAAACAAA